AUGGAUAAAUUAUUUCAAUCUGUAUUUAAUAAUAUUUAUAUAUCAAGAUUAAUAUUUAAUUAUUCUAUAUUAUAUAAAAAGAAUGAAGUUGUAAGAUUUGAAGAUAGAGAAUCAUUAUUAAAUUAUACAGAAAGAGAAUUUAUUAGAAAAAUUGUAUAUUAUGGUAAAGAGUUGAAGAUUGGAGAUUUACCAAAUAAUGGUGCACUAAAAGAGAUUUCAUUUCGUUCGAUCAAUCAAAGAUCAAUUUCAGGAAAAGAUGUUCCAUUUGGUGUUGAAGUUAUUGAAUUUAAUGGUUUUUCAGGAAAUUUAAAUGAAUAUCCUUCAACAUUAAAUAAAGUCAUUCAAUUAAUCAUACCACCAGAUGAUGAUGUAAAUUUUGAAAUACCAGCAAAUAUAACCUCAUUAUCAAUUCGAUGUUAUAAACCAUUAAAAGAAGUUUCAAAAUAUUUACCAAAUUCAAUUAAAGAAUUAGAAUUUGAAAAUAAUUAUAAAGUUUAUGAUUGUUUUUAUCAAGAUUAUGAAGAAAAUGAUGAAGAUGAAGUGGAAAAUGAAAUUAAUAAUAAUAAUAAUAAUAAUAAUAAUAAUAAUAAUAAUAAUAAUAAUAGCAAUAAUUCAAAAAUUAUACUACCAAAUAAUUUAAUAAAAUUAUCAUUAGGUAAAUAUAAUAUAAAGUAUUUAGCAGAAGGAAUUUUACCAAAAACAAUUGAACAAUUAGAAAUUUCAACUUGUAAAUCGAAAAAUGUAUUUGAUAAAGUUAAUAAUGAAUACUUUGAAAAUAAUAGUAAUUAUAGCAUUGGUUUAUUUAAUGUUUUAAGGUCAUUGGAAAAUCUUAAAGUAUUAUCAAUUGAUACAAGAAGUUUAAUUACUAAAGAAUCAAAUUUAAAAGAUUGCGAUUCAAUUAAAGAUUUAACAAUACAUUGUAAUUGUGGAUAUGACCCUAAAAAAGAUUAUCUUGAACAGUCAAUUGAAGAAUUCUCUUUACCACAGAGUGUAACAAAAUUAAAGUUACUCGACUUUACAAUGAAUAAAAUUCCAUCAAAUGUAAUCCCAAAUGGUGUACUAUCACUAACAAUUGAUAGAAUAGAAAUCGUUGAAUUACCACCAUCUUUAACUUAUUUAAAACUUUAUGAAAAACCUGCUUAUUAUUACACAAAAGAAGAAUCACUUUCUUUGUUAUCUUUAUUACCAAAAUCAUUAACUAAACUUACAAUACCACAUUAUUUCCAGGAUUUCAAUUUAAUAUACAAUGACAAUAUUAAAAAAAUAAAAUUUAGAUGA